CAAACAGGAAAUUCUGGGAAUGUAAAUGUAAAUUUUUUCACUGUAAAUUUUAAGAUCACAGUAUUUUAUUGUAAACCUACAUGAAAUGUCCUAGAUAGGUCCUGCUGGUGAACUCAAAACACCUGCCGGGAAGUUUCUAGUAAUCCUGAAGACCUUGAUUAGCUGGUUCAGGUGUGUUUAACUAGGAUUAGAGCUGUGGUCCUCCAGAAACUGAACUGGACACCCCAAGGGAACUUAACCGCCAGGUAACAGGUGUUUACUGUAGCAUCUUUAGAGUUUUUCACCAGUAAAAUUACAAUGAUUUUAGAGCAAGUGUUGAUAUUCUCACUUAAACAUGCAUCUUUGUGUUUUUUAGUACUUUCGAAAGGGCAACAAAAUGCAGAAAACGGCAUAUUUCCAAGCAAUGUGCCAAUGGAAGUAAUCGAGAGGAAGAUCAUGGAAGAUCCGCCGAAUUUCCGGUUGAAUUCCUCCAGCUUGCACUGGACUGUUAUUAACAUCAAUGAAACGAACUCUACCUCCUCGGACAUUUACGUCAUAAGCCUCCUCCUCUCCUGCAUCUACACCAUCCUGCUCUUCCCGCUCGGCCUCAUGGGUAACAUCCUGAUCCUGCUGGUGAACUUUGACCCCCGGCAGCGGAUGAGCACGCCGGACCUGUACUUUACUAAUUUGGCCCUGGCCGACCUAGUGUUGGUUCUGGACUCACUUAUUGAAGUGUUCAACCUGAGCACGCACUAUUACGACGAUGCGGUCUUGUGCUCAUGCAUGGCGAUCUUCCUCCAGGUCAACAUGUACAGCAGCGUGUUUUCCCUCACAUGGAUGAGUUUGGACCGCUGCCUUGUGCUGACCGGCCUAAGAACGCGAGCGCUACCUGAAAAUGCCUCCAUUUCGCAUCGUUCGCGUGUUGCACUCAGGGCUUGUGUGACCAUAUGGGCAGCGGCCACCUUGUGCACUCUGAUUCCAUUCGCUACUGUGCAUGUGCAUCACGGAUGGGGGCGUGGCUUCUGUUUUGCAGGCGUGGCUGAGGUGCAAUGGCUGGAAGUGACGCUGGGAUUCGCGUUGCCGUUUUGCGUGAUGGGCUUCUGCUACACUUUAAUCGCACGUGUGCUUUUGCGCUCUGAACGGCCACAGCGAACCAAAGCCCUGCGCAUGAUCGUUGCCGCCGUGAGCGUGUUUUUUGUGUGCUGGCUGCCAGAGAACAUCUUUAUUAGCGUGCAUCUUUUAAACGGGGACACGGAUGCCUCACGGCGACGUGGAAACCAUAAUCUGUGGCAGCGCCAUCCACUUACCGGACACAUUGUGACAUUAGCGGCCUGCGCCAACAGCUGCCUGAACCCACUCGUCUACAGCCUGCUGGGAAACACCUUUAGACGGAAACUGCAGGUGUUUGUCGCGCACCACGUGCCAUGUCUGCAUAAGCAUAACACAAGAGCAACACCUCCCUGUCCAUGUGUAACAUGCACAAAUGCGCACCAUUCGUGCUCGCACGAGAAUAAGGAAGAGGAAGAACAUGACCUUAGAAGCGGCGAGGAGGGUCAAGAGUGUGUGUGUGACAGAGUGGGAUAAACAUGGCCAUGUUGUAUUGACACAGAACAAGUUAUCUUUUUUUCUUAAAAAA